AUGACCGCGGACAGUUGGAAACAUCAAACUUAUCUCGAUGAAUUCAUCUGCUUGGAAGGACGUGGCAACACAUGUCACUCAUGCCAUAACUGUGGUGAUUCGGAUGCAGUAUUUUGUUGCGAAGACUGCUUUUCUGUUGCAUUAUACUGCCAGUCAUGUGUUAUGAACCUCCACCAGAACAUGCUCCUGCAUCGGCUGAAGAAAUGGGAUGACAGGUAUUUCCAUCCAAUGACCUUGAAGCAACUGGGGCUCCACAUACAACUGGGUCACAGUGCUGCCUUUGAUGAUGAUUUUACUGUUAUUGAUGUUCACGGAAUCCAUGAAGUUGCUCUUGACUUCUGUGAUUGUGAGUAUGCAUCCUCACACUACAAACAGAUCCUGCGCGCUCGCUGGUUCCCAGCAACAUCCACAGACCCACAAACAGCUGCUCCGUUUACUGUUCUCAAACACUUCUACUUGCUCUCGUUUGAGUCCAAGGUAUCCGCAUUUGAAUUUUACCACUGUGUUGCAUGUCGGAGUGACAACACAGGCGUCAAGCCCAUGAAGGAUCAAUAUUCUUGGUGCAACCUCAAGGCACUAAAAUGGGCAGGUUGUGGGCAUGACCCAGCUGGAGUUAGCACUACCAAAGAAGGAGAAAUUGUGGUUCUGUGCCUCACUUGCCCUCACCCUGGCAAAAAUGUGCCUGAGACAUUAGAGGACAUCUCACCUGGGAACCAAUGGAUCUACUCACUGUUUUUGGCUAUCAAUGCCAACUUUCAUCUGAAAUGCCAACUGGUAUCCAGCGAUGACAGGGACCCUGGAUUGAGCCAAGGGUGGGGUUACUUCAUCAAAGAAAGUAACUACAAGGUGUACCUUCAAGAAAAUGCAAGUCUAGCACAAGAGAAAAGUAAUUGUGUUAGCCAUAACGCGGUCAAUAUGGUGGACAUGAAAUCUUCCAAGGGACUCACAGCAAUGGGUGUCGGCACUGUGGUGUGCACGAGGCAUGACAUGUGGUUAGCAAAUGGCAUUGGGAAUCUUCAAAAAGGUGAAAAAUACUUGAAUAUGGAUUAUAUUGUCUUCUCUGCACUUUCACACUUUUCAUCGUCAAUCCCAUCCAUCAAUUUCUCCUAUGAUAUUGCAUGUCAGUGGCACAAAAAACUUUGGCAUCGUGUGUCAACUGCUCUUCCCUUACAGCUUCAUCCCAGUAGCACUCAACAAUACAGGUUUUUUAUUCCGAAGUUCCAUCUUGCAGCGCACAUUGCAGCCUGUCAAACGACUUUUUCAUUUGAUUGGUCUCCUUAUGUUGGACGGACCGAUGGAGAAGCGCCGGAGCAUGGUUGGGCUGACAUAAACCGUGUUGCUGUGAGCACAAAGGAAAUGGCACCUGGUACACGUCGAUAUGUCUUAGACUAUUUUGGGGACUGGAAUUGGAAAAAGGUGACAGGUCUUGGUCGAACACUACUACGUAAAAUAACAGAUGCUACAUAUGCUGAACAGGACCAUCACCAUGCAUUGGUGGACUUGGAGGGCUCCAUCAAACAGUCAGAGUUGGGCGCUGCGUCACUCGUGGCUUGGACUGAAGAAGUCAUUGCUUGGGAGAGCGAUCAUACAAAACCCAACCCCUUCAACAGUCAAAGUCAAGAAAUUACCCAAGCCACUGUUUGUUUAGCGCUCAUUCAACAAGAUGCAAAAGAUUUGGAAGAAGGAUCGUCCAUUUCCCUCCAUUCAGAGGUGACACCUAGUAUCCUCAUUAGCACAGGGUUGGAUAUCGAGAAUGUGCAAAAUGCUCUCCAAUGCCACAUUGAUUCAUGGAUUGACAUACAGGUCCUUUACAUGCCCUUCAUUGCUCACUUCCGCGCCACUGGUCUCUCUCUGUCUGACAAGGGCACCGUUGAUGAAACCACCGGCUGUCCAAAAGCCAAACUCAACUCCAUCAAAGCCAAGGAUAUCCCACUAUUUCUUCCAUCUUCUAUCUGUAAUCUGACAACAUGCAAUGCGAAGUUGCUCGAGGUUGAGUGGUCAUUAUGCUUGGCGCAGGCUAAUGACGUGCUCGAAGAAUGCCGCUCUCACAUACGUCUCUGCCACCAGCUUCUACACUUCAAGGCGCAACAGAUUCGCAGACAAAGUCUUAACACUCGUGCCCAAAAAACCAUUCAAGUGGUUGAGGAUCGGCUCAUUCUUAGUCACGAGAAGCAACUAGACCAUGUAGGCUGGGAGUGCAAGUUUCUUCCAUUGAGGAAAUCGGACCUUCGGCCAAUGGGGGACCUUGGAGGUCGCACUCAAGGCACAGCAAUCAUGUCAUGGAUUUGGCAUGUACACGGAAUUCCUUCAGACAACGCACGCCUAGUGCUACACAUGGAAUGGUGCAAAAUGAGGGCCAGAUGCAACCAGUGGUUUGAGGAAAUCCAAUUGCUCUUGGAGGAGAUGCGGCGUGUCUUGGAGUUUCUCGAUUGGCAGGCUAAGUGGUGGGAAGCAUGGGUCACACUGCAUGUGGCUGAGCAGUCUGAGGACAACGAGGGCUUGGUGGCAUAUGCAAAACACCAGGCUGCCAUCUGUCGAUCCCUGUCUGCAAAAUUCAGGGCAUUGUGGCACCAUGUGACUGCUUUGAGGCUGAUGCACCGGCAGAAGAAGGUCCUUUUAUUGAUGCGCCCCCGCAUCGAGAUCUCGAUGAGUUAG